CUUUCUUUUAUCUACGAGACAACAUAGGUCCUUUGUUUUGGGACUGAAGUUUUUAUUUUUAUGUUUUUGAAUUUGAUUAUGAGAGAGGAGGCGGUUGUGGCCGGGACAUCUCGGUUUCUGUUGAUAUUAAAGCACUUGGCGUAUCAUCUUAAGCAUGCAGUAAAAAAUCUCAGUUAAUUUUUUUUCGAAUAUACUUGUAGACCUUGUGCAACCACACGAUAUCUCCGGUGUCUUCAAUUUCAGAUGUCCAAAUCUUUGACCAACAGGAGAUAAGGCCUGCUCAUAUAAAUGUACAGUGCAGCCACGAACAUCUGAAUCUUUCUUUGACUUGACAACUUCUCAUAUCAAACAGCAGGCGUUGCUGUUGUUGAUACUGUUGGUGUUUGUUGUCACUGCUCUUGCAGCAGAGGGUGGUAGUCUACCGCCUUGGCAUCCUCAGUGACAUUCUCUAAGUUGUCUUCGCUGUCGUCAUCGUCGUCUCGUCAUGUCACCGUCGUUACCUUCGCUGGUUUUGGCAGUUUUCUGCAGUUUUGUAAUUUUCCAUUCGGCACAGGGUGCCUGUCACAGUGGAUGGAUCACAGUCGGCAAUGGAACUACAGCACAGUGUUUUAAACUCUUUUCGGGCCAGAAGAAGACCUACAAUGACGCUGUGAACUUCUGCAAACAAAAAGGUGGAUACCUGGCUACAGACACAUCACGCAAACAAAAAUGUGUGGACGUGGAGUAAUGGCCAGCCAUAUGGAAGCUGGCGGUGGUGGUGGGGAGGCAAAGAACCUACACCAAAUGCUACCAAGAUGGACUGUGUGUACAUGGCCACAAGUUUGGUGAACAAGCAGAAGGCGACGUAUUGGAUUGGAUUGCACGAUCGACAUAAAGAAAACGUGUUUCAAUGGCUCGAUGAUGAUGUGAAGACACCUUUCACUUACUGGACUCCCGGAGAGCCGAAUAACUCAGGUGGAAACGAAAACUGUGCCGAGCUUGUGUCAGAUAAACAAAAUCACUGGAACGAUGGCGUAUGUGAGAGCAGACUUCGUUUCAUAUGUCAGGCUCCCACUGUUCAGAACACCCUUCCGGCAACAAGUCCAGCCACAAACAAGAUGUGGGGCUGUGGGCAGGGCUGGCGAGGUUUCAGAGGCUCAUGUUACCAGAUGCAGUACUCUGCAGGGGGCAUGUCUUGGGACAACGCGAGGACCAUCUGUGGCACCAAAUAUUCCAGCUUAGUCGCCAUCACAGAUGGGGCAGAGAACAAGUUUGUUCUCAGUCUUCUGCCAAAAUCCACGAACCAAUAUGUGUGGAUGGGCCUGAACGAUGUAGGCAUGGAGAACAGUUUUGUCUGGAACGACGGCACGCCCAUUACAUACACCAACUGGUCACCGCAUGAGCCCAACAACCUGGGCGGAGAGGACUGUGUGGCCAUGUACGCCAAAACUGGCGCAUGGAAUGAUGCUAAGUGUGCCAUCAAGGCGAAACUGUCGGUGUGCAAAAAGAACAAAGCCGUCCUUAACACAGCUCAAAGAGACAUUUUUAAAGGCUGCACUAAGGGUAUAGGGUAUGAGGCAAUGUGUUACAGCUUUGUAUACCAACCGGCUAAGACCUUUGCUCAGGCCCAGGCCUACUGUAAGAGCUUCGGUGGGAACCUGGCCACUGUAAACGACAGAUAUGUACAAUCAUUUUUAGCUGCUGAAAUUGUACCAAAACUUGGAGUGGGGUACUGGAUUGGCAUGUCCAUGACAGCACAGACCAACUGGACUUACGCCUGGGUCACUCCUUUCGAUGUGGACUUCACAGCCUGGGACAAAUCUCACACAGGCAAUGAGAACAACACCUGUGUAGCUAUGCAGAAGAAACGACCGGCUGGGUUGUGGGUCAACAAGAACUGUAACCAAGCUCAGAGCUACAUCUGUGAAUAUCCGAGACAGGGCUACACCACACCAGUGCCCACCACCACCACCACAGCCAGGCUGCUCUGUCCUACUGGCUGGUUCACUGUUUGGAACCGUUGCUAUAAAGCCUUCCAAAUGAGUCCGGAGAACAUGCUGACGUGGACAGAUGCCAGAGAUUACUGUGCCAGCCUCUGGACCGGCGGUGCCUUGGCCACUAUCCGGGGCAAGACCUUCGAGGGCUGGAUGUUGAACCAUACUCUCCAAAAUAUGCAAGAUAUAUUUUGGAUUGGUCUUUCGGACCGCAGUACUGAAGGAGGAUACAAGUGGGAGGACGAGUCCCCUUUCUCCUUCUCACAUUGGGGAACCCAUCAGCCAGACGACGCUGGAGGAAAAGAGGACUGUGUCACCUGGAACACGGCGAAGAACACCUGGAAUGAUGAGACGUGCUACGUGGCCCACAACUUCAUCUGUCAGGUUCCCAGAGGAGCUGUGAUCACAACACCAAGGCCUGUGCCAACAGGAAAAUCAUCUCUCCAAUGUGGUAACAGCUCCUGGUCUGAGUACAACAACAACUGUUACUACAUAAGUCCAUCGGACGGCGAUGAUGCCACAAAGACCUGGUUUGAGGCUCGCAUUGCUUGUAUGAACAUACGUGGCGAUCUUGUCAGCAUUGGGAAUGAUGAGGAGAACGCUUUCGUCACCUCUCUUGUCAGCCGCCACCCUCUGGGAACCUUCUGGAUUGGCCUCAAUGACCUGGACCAAGACACCUUCAAAUGGUCAGAUGGUUCACCUGUAUCUUACAUAAGCUGGAUGACUAAUGAGCCAAACGACGCCUACGGCAGUGAAAGAUGUGUCCGAAUUGGCUCAGGAUCGCUUUGGGGCGACCAGCACUGUCAGGAGAAGCGUGGUUACGUGUGUAAGAAAAGACCUGGUGACUACACCGUUCCCCCCAUGACCCCAGCAUCUACUAAGGGUGGCUGUCCACUGGGGUACCAUUCUCUGCCUUCUCUAUCUAAGUGCUUCACUAUCGGAGGCUUGAAGCCCUCACAGAGAGUGAACUACACAGACGCCAUGUCGGUUUGUAAUCUCCUGAAUUAUAAAUCACGACUGGCCUCAAUUCACAACCCAGUGGAACAAAAAUUCAUCACAGUCCUGUUGGCUAACUCAGGCAGCCGAUCACCGUCCUGGAUUGGUUUCAACGACCGAAGGUUUGAAGACCAGUUUGUUUGGGUGGACAACUCCAAGGUAGACUACACGGCCUGGGGCUACAAACAACCAGACGAGAACAAAAAUGACAAGAGAUGGAUUGCUAGGAGAGACUGCGUCGACAUGGAUAUGGGCGUCCAAAAUUCCGGUCGCUGGAACGACAGGAGAUGUAGUAAUAAAUACUCCUUUGUUUGUGAGACGGCUAAAGGUGAGGAGAAAACACAAACGGCAAGCACACACACACACACACACACACACACACACACACACACACACACACACACCUAUACUGUCACAUAGAUACGUGCACGCACA